CCAGAACGACGCCAGCGAAUUCAAGAGCUGCCGACCGAAUGCGUGCGAUCAAAUGAUUGUCGGAGGUUUGAUUUAAAUCUUAAUGUAUAUAUGGAUAUGAGCAGCGAUCUUUUAAUACCUCGUCCAUUUGCCCUGAAUUUAACGAUUAGAAUUAGAAUCUAUACUGUUCAUAUCCGCUUUCGCAGAUGGCUCCAACGAUUGUGAUCACUGGGUGCACUGAAGGUAGCAUUGGCUACUACUUAGCGAAAGAGUUCUCAUCUCGAGGAUACGACGUCUUCGCCACAGCUCGUCGACCGGAUUCGACAGGAGAUCUCCAGGAUUGCGCCGGUGUCACCGUUCUGCCUCUCGAUAUAACGAGCAAGGAUUCCAUCCAGAAGCUAUAUGAGGAUGUGAGCUCAAAAACAAACGGCAAACUCGACAUCCUCUACAACAAUGCCGGAAAGAUGAAAAGGAUCAUGGCGAUUGACAGCACUCGAGAGCAAGCUGAGGAUACGUUCAACACGAAUCUCUUCGGUGUGAUUGAACUCAACACCACAUUCGCAGACCUAGUCAUUGCUGCCAAAGGAAGAUUUGUUUUCACUGGAAGUUGUGGGGCGAUCGCGCCCGUUCCUACGCUGUCCAUCUAUAAUGCAUCAAAGGCGGCUCUUCAUGCUUAUAUAAAUACUCUGCGCAUCGAAAUGAGCCCCUUUGGUGUAGAGGUCGUAAAUGUCAUCACAGGAGGGGUGAAGUCGCAUAUAUGGAAUGCUGAGAGGAUCUCCAAGGAAGAUUCUCCGUAUACGUCUAUCCAGGAGAAACUGGACGAGGCUAAUGCCUCGAGUGCUAAGAGCUCCACGGAUCCAGCCGUAUAUGCGAGGAAAGUUGUCUCGGCCAUUGUGAGAAGAAAUCCGCCUGCGGAUAUCUGGGCUGGGGCGGGUGCGUCAGUGUUUUGGUUCAUUGAUCGUCUGAAUCUCAGAUGGAUGUACCGUUUUGUCUUUGCGAAGAUGUAUGGACUAGAUUCACUCUGUACAUCUCAAGACAAGUCUAGGUGAUGUUUUUUGUCCACUACCAUGCGGGGGGAAACAUGGCGCAGUUACCUAGCUCAGUUGCAUACCAGAUAUCAUCCGAUCAAUGAAUCUUUCCACUUUCUCGCAUGCGGCCCAGUUUUUGAGAUGCUUGGAGGCGAGCAAUUGUUGAUCGGCGCUAGGUCUCCCGAUGUUUAACAUCGAAAUAUGAUCAUACCCCAAAUUGGAGCCUUCAAUUGGCCAGAACCAAUGCAGCGGCCUCCAGAGGCCGUGCGCAAAAUGUGCAAAGGCCGGUCUAGAAUGUUCGGAGAAAAGACCUGUGAGAUGGGUUAAGGGUGUGGCCAUCCGGGGCAAGAUGCGGGGUGUGUCCCUGGAGGAUGGACACGCUGAUGCUAGGGGAUCAAAUAACCUUAAGCAGAGAGUCAAGCAUAC